CGGCCUCCACCGCCAGCACUAACACUAACAAACAUCCACUAUCACUAUGCACAUCCACCACCACCACCACACACAGCACAGCACACCACACCACAGGGACAAGAGAUAUAAUAAUGAUAGAUGCAAUUGAUACUAAUAAUGCAAUGACAGCUCUUCUCGAACGUCGAGCGCUUCCGCCUCGAGCAGAUGAGACUCGCCCAGGCCUCCUCCUCGCCCGACCGCCGCCCAAGCGACUACCAGCGAUGCGCCCCCCUGGCCUCCACUUGCUGCUCCUCGUCCACCCCUUCGUUAACGCCCGCUAAGCUCUGCAGACAGCGCAGGCCCAGCAGUCCGAAGGCCCGAGAUCGACGGCGGCCUCCUCUCAACGGCAAGCGACGCUGCAAGACCUCGCAUCGCGUCCUCCAGAAGCCCUCCGCCCAGCUGCAGACCGCCUACCUGACCGCGCAGGCCGACUCCGAGUGGUUUCAGUCCCUCCCGCCAAAGGUCCAGCAGCGCCACUUCAGCGUCGAGGAGCAGACUCGCCUCGGCGGCUGGCGCUCCAGCAUCAUCCUCGACGCCGCUGACCAGGCCCUCUACAAGUUCGGCAGCUUCACUACUGCUGCCGAGUCCUCCUUGUCGCUGCCGGCCACGGCUACGCUGUCCAGGUCGUCCUCGUUUUCGAGCAUGUCCAGCUCCUCCAGCAACAACAACAACAACAACAACAAUAACAACAGUAACAACCAUAACAACCACAAUCUACGACCACACUCUGUCUCCAGGCCUACUCCUCCCCCCCUGAUACCACCAUAUCUCCCUCACACUUCGCACGGCUCCGUCGACCACCCAGCCCAGUUCUACCAGGACCCCGAGGCCCGUCUCAAGCUACGAGUCUACCUCGCCUCCCCCCAGAAAUUCGACGAAGCAAUCGAAUUCGGGUUCCCUUCUCUCGAACACAACGACAACCUAGGCACUCCCUUCUCCUUCGACCGCAAAUGGAAAAUGCAAGAAUCCCCUACUUCUUCCUCCUUUAUCGACUCAGAGUCCAUCGCCCCCUUCGACAGUACCGCCAGUGCAAGUGGUCCGCCUAGUCCCCGCACCGCCGUACGACCGAAGACAUCCGGAGAUUUGAAACCCGACAGCAACCAGUCAUCUUCCACAUGGCGCAACCCAUCAGUCUGCGAUUCCGUCAACUCUCGGCCCUCGUGCUCGAGCAGGCGGCCUAUCAUCGUCGGCUCCUCGGGGCCCAUGGGCAGCAGGGAGAUGACGCUGAAGAUGACGCUGACCCGACCCGAUCUCAGAUCAAGCGAGCUGACUUCCUCGCCGAAAUCGAGCAUGACCGCCGAGGAAGAUCCGCUCAAGCUGGCGGAUUUGCCCGUCGACGAGAAGGCGCCGGUCUGGGAGAAGCCGGAGAAGACCUCGAUGAAGAGCGUCUGGAGGAAGAUCACAGGCAAAUCUACCUAAACCUUUGCUAUUCAUUACUCUCUAUCU